CUACAAGAUGUCGCCACCGUGAGAUCGCAAGUGCGUGAAGUCUCUGUGGGGAUUAUAAGCUGACGUGUUCCUAAAGAGAGAUUUUACAUUUGUCUGUUCAGCACUGACAAACGAAUUAAACUUUUUGGCAAAAGAAGACACCCGCAGUAGAAGGUUGCAUACUGAGAGGCAAUUUUCCACAGCAACGUAGAGUACUAAAUAACCAUGUUUCGGGGUAGCAGACAGAGGCGAGGUCCAGGCCUCGGAUUAAUGCUUUUAGUGAUGCAACUUCUGAACGUUGGACUUGACAAUAUACCACCAGUAACCUUAGCUACAAUAUUUGGCAACACUGCAGUAUUUCUUGGUCUUUUCGACCUAAAAUAUCCAUCCAUUGGACAAGUCUGUGUCAGUGUUGUUAAUGUUUGGUAUCGAAAAGACUGGCAGCGCCUCCUAUUGGCAGCAUUUUUUCAUGCCCACGAGUGGCAUCUUUACUAUAACAUGGUGUCAUUUCUGUGGAAAGGUAUCAGCUUAGAGAAGAGACUGGGCAGCUUGUAUUUUGCAUAUCUCAUAGCAGUAUUUUCUGUACUGGUCAACUGCACUCUGUUAUUGCUGGACACUGCUGUAGCCAAUAUUUAUGAGAAUGACCACUACUUGUCCACAUGUGCUGUUGGAUUCUCUGGUGUGAUAUUUGCCCUGAAGGUGGUGACAACUUACUACCUGCCCCCAGGUAUUCAGUAUGUGAUGGGGAUCCCUGUCCCCUCCAGGGUAGCCUGCUGGGUGGAGCUGGGAGUGAUACAGUUACUGGUACCCAAUGCCUCAUUUACAGGUCACCUGGCUGGCAUUUUGGUGGGCCUGGCGUACAUGAAGGGUCCUCUAAAAUCCAUCAUGGACAGUAUUAUUAGCCCAGCUGACGCGAGAAGAUUCACACCAACAAGUAGAGCCAGUGGUUGGAGGCAGUUCAGAGGUCAGGGAUCAAAUCAGGGUCAAGGUUACAAUUUAGGAGGAAGUGGUGAAUCAUAUAACUCCAAUCUCUACACAGGAGGCCUCACAGAGGAAGAGCAGUAUAGAAGAGCUAUGGAGGAGAGCAUGGCAGACAGCAUCCAGGUAGUCCCAGUUACCCAUUAUACAGAUGACGGGGCAGAGGAGGAUCAGCAUGUGACCACUGGGCAGUCUGCAGACGAUGCAUCAAAUAACUCCACAGAGCGGCAGAAUGGUUCUCCUCGACCGUCGACAACCCCACAGGCCAGUGCCUCGACUGGCAGGCUUUUAUCUCCCGAUGAGUUGAGACAGAGACGUUUGGCUAAGUUGGAAAAGGAUCAACUGUCACAGCAGCGGUCUCAAACAAGCCAGCAGAGUAAAGCGGGAGUUAGCCGACUACCGGUGAAGCGGAAAACUUGAAACGGAAAUCGUGAAACGGAAAGCAUGUACUUAUCUCUUUGCAGCAAUUUGUGAACAGUUCUUGUAGCUGUUAUGUUAAGACCGUGGGGUACCAGUAGGUUUUAACGCUGAGACACUUUUUCUGAGACUAAGAGAUUAUUUGAAAAACCAAUUUUUUUGAAAAAAAAAAAA